AUGUCGGCUGGAGCUCCACUUACCGUUCCCAUGCCGGGGAAGCCAUAUCCCACUGUAGGACUGGGAACGUUUACUAUAUUUGAGAAAACCGGUGGUGCAGAGGAAGUGUACAACGCGGUCAAGGUCGCUAUUGCUGAAGGUUACCGCCACGUGGAUUGCGCGUUCGUUUACGGUAAUGAGAAGGCAGUUGGGGACGCUAUAAAGGCAAAAAUCGCAGACGGAACUAUUACCCGGAACGACAUCUACAUCACCACAAAGCUCUGGGACACCCAUCACAAUCCCGACCACGUGGAGGAAUCUCUGAAGAAGUCACUCCGCGAUCUCCAGACCGAAUAUGUUGACUUGUAUCUUAUACAUUGGCCGUUUGCAUUCAAGGAUGGAGAUGAACUCUUCCCUAAAGAUGCUGAUGGUAAUGUCAUCUUUGCUGACCACGACUAUGUUGAUGUGUGGAAGGCGAUGGAGAAACUCGUUGGAGCAGGAUUAACUAAAGCAAUAGGAAUUUCCAACUUCAGCAAGAAACAGAUAGAAAGAGUGCUAGAGGUCGCUACAGUAAAACCUUCUAAUAUUCAGAUUGAAAUCCAUCCGUAUUUCCUGAACGAGAAACUUGUUGCCUUCUGUAAACAAAAUGGGAUGACCGUCACAGCUUACGCUCCACUGGCGAACCCCAGCAGAACAUGGAAAAACGCAGAAGAACCUAUCAUUUUUGACGAGCAAGUUUUGAAAGACAUAUCAUCCGCAAAGGGAAAAUCUAUUGCACAGGUUGUGUUAAGGUUCCACCUACAGAGGGGUAUUGUCGUCAUUCCCAAGAGUAUAACUCCAGCCAGGAUUAAAGAAAACUUUCAGUUAUACGACUUUGAACUUUCCGAAUCUGAAAUGCAACAGAUAGCAGGAUUAGAUAGAAACAUGCGUUUCUAUAAAGAAGGAAUAGCCGCUAGUCACAAAUAUUAUGGUUUCCACGACGAGUUCUAAGCCACGUGAAAAAACGAUUGUUUGUACAACCAAUCAAAUAAACAGAAAAGACGUUUGAUGUUAUAUAGUCAGUGGUACCAUUACGUCAUUUCCACCGAACGGGCAUGCGGACCAAUCAAUAUUGAAUCCACUUUUCCUCACAAAUGUG